CUGCGGGAAGGCACCACAGCUGCCAUCACCCGCCACGUGCUGAGCGCCGAGGACGAGGACUCCCUGGCGGAGGAGGUGACCUACUCCAUCCAGCCCCCGGCCAAUGGGAAGGUGGUCCUGAGGUCGGCACCUGGCGCUGAGGUCCGGCAGUUCACCCAAGCCCAGAUCAACAAUGGCCUCGUCCUCUUCACGCACCAAGGAGGAUGCUAACCGCACCGCACAGCACCCCAGCCCAAACCAUGGUGGGUUAACGGGGUCUGCAGCCCCUUGUGCCCCCCGUAAAUACCCAGCCCUAUGCUCUCUGCAGGACCCCUGGACGGGGGCUUCGCCUUUGACUUGUGGGAUGGCGAGAACCUGUCUCCUGGGCACUUCUUCCUCGUCAGGGCCCAGAGAGAGCCCGUUGUCAGCCCGGCCAAGAGGCAGAGCCUCACUGUCUGCCCAGGUGCCCUGCAUCCCCUCAGCAGCCAGAACCUGCAGGCAGCGAGCCACAGCCCCGCUGGCCCCACCGCCCUGCACUACCGCGUGGAGCAAGCCCCGCGCCUGGGCAGGCUGAGCACCGCCCGGGGCGAGGAGAUCCGCAACUUCACCCAGGCCCAGGUGGACAGCGCGUUGAUUUUCUACCAGCACGAGAUGCCAGAGGAGCCUUUCUGGCUCACCCAAGAUGCCAUCCGCUUCCGCGUGGUCUCUCCCACUGCCGUCUCCGACUCCUUCACCCUCCUCGUGCUGAUCUCCUUCGAGGCCAAGUGUCCCCAGCGCUCGACUCAGCUAUGGAGAAAUGCAGGUCUCCAGCUUGCAAGGGCUCAACGGGCUGAGAUCACCACCUCAGUACUGGAUGCCUCCAACCUCCUAAGCCAAAUCCCGGUCCCCGAGAGAGCUGCCCAUGACGUUGUCUUCCUGGUGACAGCGCUGCCAGCUCACGGGCAGCUCUUGGUGGCUGGUGUGCCCCUGGAGAGCUUCCAGCCAUUCUUCCUGCAGUCAGACCUGGCCGCAGGACACCUGGCGUACACCCACGGUGGAGAUGGCAUCUCUGAAGACCAUUUCAGGUUCAAGGCUUGGCUGCGGCCCCGGGAGCAGCAGUCCCUCCAUCCUCCGCAGGAAGGGGUGGUCAUCUCUGAAGCUUUCAACAUCACAGGGACUGGCAGCAGCAGCAAGCCGCCGCAGGUGGUGAAGCGGCAAGAAGUGCUGCGGGUCCCACCAGGCACCGUGGUGACCUUGUCCCAGGAACACCUGGAUGUGGCUGACUCCUUGGGUUCCCCAGAGGAGCUGGUGUACAGCGUCCUCCAGAGACCCCUUGCUGGCCACCUGGCCGAUGCGCGCAGUCCACGGGAGCCCAUCAGCCGCUUCACCCAAGCGGAUGUCAAUGCGGGCCGCGUGGUGUUUGUUGCCACCAGGAGCCGUGCCCCAGGGUCCAUAGCCCUGAGCCUCUCCGACGGCCACCACCCACCCACCACAACCUCGCUGGAGAUUGAGGUGCUCCCGGUGCUGCUGGAGGUGCCCCAGGACCGGAACAGGGCCCCCCUGUCCCAGCAUCACCUCCUGGGAGCUGCACCGCUGGGGACAGGCAACACCCUGUACAGGAUCACCAGGAACCCGCGGUUCGGCCAAGUGCAGGUCAACCAAAAGCCGUCUCCUCGGGGCUUCUCGCAGAAGCAGCUGGACCGCGGGGAGGUGACGUUCACCUUCACCGACCUCACCUCUCCUGAGGACACCUUCCAGUUCCUUGCUGUGUCGCGGGCGGCCAACCAGACCGGGACGGUGAACGUGAGCGUCCGUGCCGUGGUGAAGGCUCGGCCAGGCAGCGUGUGGCCCAGGGGCACCACGGCUCUCCUGGACACCGGCGUUCUCGACGCCAGCGAGCUGGCCAACCACACCAAGAGCGUCCCAGUCUUCAAGAUCCGCAGGGCGCCCCGUGGCAGCCGUCUCGUGAGGGUCUCCAGGAACCCAGGACAGCCCACCACCCCCAUCGAGAGCUUCAGCCAGAGUGAGCUGGAGCAAGGGCUGGUUGGCCUGGAGGUGCUGGAGGCUGGGGAGGCUGAUGAGCCCCGGCAGAAUGACAGCUUCAUCUUUGAGCUGGUGGCUGCCGGAGUGCCACCAGGGCUGGCAUCCCUGGGGUACACCAUUGAGCCCUACAACGCCUCCAAAGCCUACGGCGUGACACUGCUCAGGGCCCCUCCGGCACCCUCGCCCCCGGCACCCCAGGGCACAGCACAGAGCAGCUCCAAUGCCAGUGAGCUGGGGAUGGCCUCCAGCGCCUGGCCGAGCCCCGGUGCCACCACCAGCCCUGUGGAGGGGGGAACCUUCCUCAGCUUCAUCGAGGCCAACAUGUUCAGCAUCAUCAUCCCCAUCUGCCUCAUCUUCCUCCUGCUGGCACUCAUCCUGCCCCUGCUCUUCUACCUGCACAAGCGCAACAAGACGGGGACCGUCCAGGGCACCCCCUCCUCCAAGGCCAAGAACGGGGCUGUGCCGGACCAGGAGACCUUCCGCAGGACGGACCCCAACCAAGGCAUCCCCCUAACGACUGUCAACACCCUGGACAGCAAGGGCACAGGGCCCCCACCCCAGGGCACGGGUCCUGGAGCACCCCCAGACCCCGAGCUCCUCCAGUACUGCCGGACUUCCAACCCCCCCUUGAAAAACAACCAGUACUGGGUGUGA